AUGAUAGCUGCAAGAAACGUUCGAAACAACAUUAAAGAACGAGUUCUUAAAGAAGCAAUACCAGUUUCUAUUAUUUAUGAACAAGAAGUGUCAGAUUCAUCCAUCAAUCCAACAACUAUAGCUAUAUUACCUACAUGUCAAGAACUUGCUCCAACUGCAACUAAAAUUCGAGCAAAAAUAUUACCUUUACUUCCAAAAUCCUGUCUUUUCGAUAUUCCUGAUGAAUUUAAAGUAACACUGGAUGGAAAACGGUUUUUACUUAUGGAUGAAACAAUAACUCGUCGUGAACGUAUUUUAUUAUUUUCGAGUGAUCAACAAUUAGAUAUGUUAUUUUCUUCAUCUAUUAUUUACAUGGAUGGGACUUUUUCAAAAUCUCCACCACAUUUCAAACAAAUAUAUAUUAUACGCGCUGUUUUAUUUGAUAUUUGUUUACCGUGUGUAUUUUGCUUAUUGACAAACAAAAAGUCUGUUACUUACAGACAUAUAUUCACCGAACUUAAGGAAAUGGCACGUGAACGACAAAAAGGUUUUGCACCUCAGCUGGUAAUGUCAGAUUUUGAAACAGGUGUUUUACCAGUGAUAAAAUCAGAAUUUCCAUCAGCUCAACAUCACGCGUGCUUUUUUCACUUUACGCAAGCAAUAUUUCGUCAGAUACAACAUACUGGACAUCAACGUGAUUAUUUAUUAAAUGACGAUUUCAGAAAUUUAUGCAGAAAAUUAAUGGCUUUGGCGCUCAUGCCACGAGAACUAAUUACUGUUGGUUUUAAAGAAGUUCAAGCAGCUGCAGAUCAACUAGAUGGUAUUGAAAUGGACAAUAUUUUAACUUAUUUCGAAAAUAAUUGGAUUGAUGAUACGGAUUUAUGGAACGUGUAUGGAUGUGAUACACGUACGAAUAACUCAUGCGAGGGUAAGGAUAUCCAACGAAAGUUAUAA